UCAAAAUUGAGUUAUCAAUGGUUUUAGUGCAUUGCCCUCACCUUGAACAUAAAAUCAGGGGAGAGUAUGUGAAUAGCUGUACUUGGGAAAUGUGCAUGUCUGUGUGACAGCUGUGCGUGCUGGUCUUGGGAAUCUGGUGAAUGGACAUGCUGGGCAUAGUACAGCAUCUUUGUUGUCAAUUUGCACAAUUGUUUCUGUGCUUUGGAUUUUGUACUGUUCUUUUCCUAAGCCUAAGUAGUGGCAUAGCACUUAUUGUGUUGGGGUAUUUGUCUGAUGAAGUAGGCAGAGUGGACUGACGGAAACAAUUAGCUCUAGUGCAGGUGUGUUCUGUCCCACAGUGAGAGAUCAUGGUGUGCUCCUCUUGCAAUUGAGGAGCCCCCAAGGUAAGGAGUGAGCUGCUGGGAGCUGCCAGUAGCCCCCAGCCCUCAAGGGUGUGGCUGAGGAGGUGUGGACAGGGUGAGGAGCAGCAGUGUGGUCCCCACAGGUACAAAGGCAGUCCCAGUGAGUGUGAAUGACCAGAGCAGGGAGGGCAAGGUGGGAUAGGAUGCAUUGUUUUGGGAGCAGCAGGAAUCAGCCUUCUCCUGAAACAAAAACAGUAACCACCCACCACAGUGGCCAGGUUGAGGCAGGAACCUGGAGUGGGGGCCCACAACCUUCCAGAUCUGAUGUGUGCACUCAGACCGCCUGAGGAGUGAAAGAGCAUGUGUGCCUGGCUCAAUUAACUUUUUGAACAAGUGGCCAGGUUGCAUGAAGAAGUCACCAGGUUGCACAGUAUCCAGGAACUGGAGAGACAGAUGGACAUGUGGUGCUCUACAGUGACAGGCAGACCAACAGCCAUGCCCUAAGUCCAUGCAAGGGGAAGAAGCAAGCAAGUCUUGAGGAGACAGACCACAAUAACAGAAAAGAAGAAGGAGCCUGGGCCCUUGUCUCUGCUUGGAGCAGAAGGAGGUGUUUCCCCCUUGCCCUCAAAGUGCCCUAAAGCAACAGAUAUGGGGCACUAGGCCUGGAAAGAGGAGAGGGUGUGGGUAGCAGUCAGGACUCAGGAAGGGACAGCUGCAUAAAUUUGGUCCAGCUAAAGAUGCAUGUUAGAACCAGUGCUACCAAAAAAAGGCAAAGAAUGUUAACAGCUGGGGACUCUGCACUGAGAGGCAUUGAGGCGUCUGUUUGCCAUCCACACAAACUCUCUAGAGUGGUUUGCUGCCUGCUGGGGGCCAUCAUUCAUGAUACCCAGAAGAUGCUACUGGGCAUGGUGAAGGUGAAGGACUACUGCCCAUUUUUGCUCUUUCAAUUUGGUCAUAUAAGGCUGCAAUAAAAAGACUACAAAAUACUAAGGAGAGUCUUUAUGUCCUUCAGAAAGAUGUUGAAGGGACUGGGAGUGGAGGGAGCAUUCUCUGUCCUCCCAGUUGGAGACUGGGAGCUGAGAAGAGGGAAUUGGACAGAUCAGGUGAAUGAUUGAUUGUGGGGCUGGUGCCAUGCUCACAGCUUUGGCUUCCAUGAUCUCAGAUGUACUUUUGGGAGACCAUGUGUGUUGACAUCAGGUGGGAUGCAACUGACCACAUCGGGCAUGAAUAUUCAGGGCAGCAAGCUGGCUGGGCUGAUUAACAGAGCUCUAACCUAGAUUUGUUGGGGGAAAGGGGGUGUUCUUCUGAGUGACAUAGAAGUGUCAGGGAACACUGUCACUUUAAGACGCAGCAGGGAAAAAACUCAGAAUCCUCUCAAGGAGUAAGGAAGGGCGCCUUGAAGAAGGACAGUCCAGCUGAAGUGCCUCUACACCAAUGCAUGCAGCGUGAGAAAGAAAUGGCAGAAGAAAGUCUAUUUCGGGAUCUCCUGGAAAUCCUGAUAGGAACCUCAAAUGAAAUUGAACAGGCCUGUAAGGAUUCCUCUGAACUGCUGGAUAUAGACACCUGUCUGGUGCUCAUAGCAGAAUGUUUCAGAUGUCUGAGGAAUGCCUGUGUUCAGUGUGCCAAGAAUCAACAUGUCAUGAGGAACUUGGGUCUCAUCGCUGCAUCUGUCCAUUUGAUCAAAUUGCUUGAUGGAAUGCAGGUCAAAGAAGAACCAUUACUGAUUGCUUUUCGUUGUAGCCUCCAGUUUCUUGGAAACAUUGCAGCAGGAAAUGGAGAUUCCCAGAACAGCAUUUGGAAGUGUGCUUUCCCAGAUCUCUUCUUGACUUGCCUAACCUACAGUGAUGAGAAAAUUGUUGCCUAUUGUUGUAUGGUCUUGUUUACCUGCCUUAAUUCAGAGAAAGUGAAAGAACUGCUGGAUCCUGGAAACUUGUCUGUGGCUCUUCAUGUCAUAAAAGUCUACAAAGAGCGGUUGGAGUCUGAGUGGUCGUUCUUGAUUGUUACAGACUAUUUGCUGCAGUGUCCAGAGUUGGUAAAAACCCUCUAUGCCAAACUGAGCAAUCAAGAAAGGGUUACUUUUUUAGAGCUGAUAAUGGCUAAAGUGAGUGAGAAGAACUCAGUUAGCAGUGAAGAAAUGAAUGUGUUCAUGAGACACGCUGACUUCCUUGCAAGCUGUUUCCAAGAGAAAUGUGAAGCUGUGCUCAAGGUAACUUCUGUAGCAGAUGCAGAAGAUGAGGAAGCCCUGGUUACUAUUCGGCUUCUUGACAUUCUUUGUGAAAUGACAUCAAACAAUGGACAGCUAGAGUAUCUGCAGUCUUUGCCUGAUUUGCUUGAAAAAGCCAUAGAUACCCUGAGACUAACUCAUCUUGCUGGAAAACAGACUGUAAAUAUUUUCACAACCACACAUGCUAUGACAUGGCAGGAAGAAAUUUCACAUCCAGCUGUGGGUUUUAAAGCUCAUCUCAUUCGUUUGAUUGGAAACUUGUGUUACAAAAAUAAGGAAAACCAAGAUAAGGUUUAUGAGUUGGAUGGCAUCCCACUGAUUCUAGACAACUGCAGCAUUGAUGACAACAAUCCUUUUCUGAACCAGUGGGCAGUAUACGCUAUCCGAAAUCUCACUGAACAAAAUGAGAGAAACCAAGAGCUUAUUGCACAGAUGGAGGAGAAAGGGCUGGCAGAUAAUUCUGCCCUUGAGAGUAUGGGUUUACAGAUAGAGAAACAAGACAAAAAGUUAAUUCUGAGAUCUGCCAGAAAAAAAAACCUUCAUGAACGAAAAAAUUAAGAAAAGUUGAAUCAUUCUCUUUUAAAAUGUUUUCCCUGCUGAGACCAUCAAGACUUCUUCAGUUUUAGUUCCAGUUGGCUGAAUGUGUUUUGUUCAUUCUUGGAAAAACUGCCAUACAAUUGUUCUCCCUUCCUGUUGUAAACAAAGAGAUAUGUCUGCUUUUUCUAUAUACCUAGAUAAAUGAAUUUAUGGAAAAAAAGCCCUUUUUCAGGUGGUUGAAAUGUCAUUACUUUCCUGUUUCACUAGUUUAAAGAUGACCUAUUGAGUUAGAAUUUCCUUUGCUAAGCCUGAGGGUAACUAUUACUAAGAACACAACUAAAGCAACUGCUUUGCAGUUUGCCCUGUAUAUUUACAAGAUCUGUGCUGAACCAGGGCAAAACAAUGAAAGUUGUUUGUUUUCUCUCAUGGUGCUUAAAUAACUGUACUUACAUAAAUAACAGUGGAACAUUGGAUGUACGUAAAUAUUUAGUGAAUUAAACAAAACAUGCCUUCAGCAUAUUAAAUUGUUAGUAAAUUGUG